AUGGACCCCGCGCCGCAGCGGAGGAAGAGGCGAGGCCGCGCAUCGGACAAUUUGAAUACCCGACCGAGCCGAUGGACAAAUGGACAAAUCGCUGGCGGCACGUGGGAGUGCCGAGCCUCCGACGACGACGAUGGACCUCGGGAUGACUGGUCGAAGAGCUGGCCCUCUCAACACAAAAGUUGGGACGUGGAAUUUGGAGUUGAAUUUCCCCAUGCCCUCGCAGCUUCACCGGCGGCACCGCACCGCAGCACCGCAGCCCCUUGCCAGCAGCGUCCAGACUCGAGACUCCAGAAUCUCGCCCGGCCCAGCCUUCGUUCGCAAAUGGCGGCGCAACCCGCGGUUCCCAUCAUCGUCGGCGUGGGCGAUGUGCGCAACAAGUCGUCCCGGGCGGAAGACGCGAUGGAGCCGGCGCAGCUCAUGGCCGACGCCGUUGGACGCGCCGUCCGCGACAGCGGGCUCGAUCAAGCCGCCCGGGCGUCUUUGCUGUCGCAGGCCGACAGCCUGAGAAUCGUGCCGACCUGGACGUGGGCAUACAAUGACCUCCCGGCAGUCGUUUCCCGUCGCCUCGGUAUCGAGCCGACCCGGAAAGUCCUGGGCGAGCAUGGCGGCAACCAGCCGGCCCUGCAGUGCGACGAAGCCGCUCGAGACAUCGCCGCCAGGAGGAGCGUCGUCUCCGUCUUGACGGGCGGAGAGGCGCUCGCGUCCCGCAAGUCCUGCCCAUGCCUAGCGCAAGAAGAAGCGACCGGACAAAUCCCCCCCAAGGGAUGGCUCGAGCCCGACCCCAACGGCAAGCAGCUAGCAUCUCUGGAUCUCUCCAUCCUCGAAGAAGGCAAGUCUUGA